AUCUCCUCCACAAAACCAUCUCUGUACAAACACGCAUGCGCACUGUUGUUGUCUUGUACAUGUAGCGCGGCAAUGCAAAAACAUGAAGAUAUCGAGAUGUAGUGGUUUUUAAGUGAUAAUUUUUUUCUUCCAGAUUCUGAUAUCCCCGUACACUCUUACGCUAAAUGAUGACUGACAACAACGUAAUCAAAUGUAGCUAAACGUAAAGUCCUCAGUAGUAGCGGUAGCCUCCAUCAACAGCAUCACUAUGGCACACUGGAGCACGUUUGAGAAAGAGACAGAGAAGGAAACCAAAAAGCUGAUUUCGCACAUGACUGGGAUAGAAAAUGAGGAAGACCAGAAUUUUCAACUUGCACUUAAAUUUGCAUGGUCCAAUUUCAAGUUCCAUCGCUUUCUGGACGUGGAUAGCCACAAAGUGCAGCGUAGCAUUAAUGGCAUCCAUGAAAAGCUCAUGGUUCACUCAGAUGUGAGUAAAGCGCAAAGUUGGAUGAAACUGACAGAGGAGUUCCUAAAUUCUCCAUUACCCAAUACAGAUGAAACCAAGACAGAUGUACAUUUUAGUAUUCUGUCUCUGCUGCUCUUCCUGUCUGGGUCGCCUUCAAACACCAACUUUACUGAGAGACCUAGGCUAAAAGAAGCAGAACAAAAGGACAACUUUGACUGGGGUAAAUACCUGAUGGAGGGUGAAGACAUAGACACUGGCCCUUAUCCGGACACCCCAGAAUGGUCUGAGGAGGAAAGUGAAGAGGAUGAGAGCCAACAGGUAAUCAGCAGAGAGGAUUCUGGGAUACAACUGGACAGAACGCCUCAAGAAGAUCAAGACAAUGCAAACGAUAAGCCAGUACCAGUUACAUGGACAGUGGGAGAACCUGAUGCUCGGAUAUGGCUGGAGCAGCACAUUGUGACGCCGUAUUGGGUGCCAAACGGUUCCCGCUUUCCACACAGCCUGCACCUACACUCCAACCUACUAAAUUUUUGGGACCAGCACUUGUACAACACUGACCCUUUGUAUAUCCCAGAAGAAAAGGCCUUUGUCACUGAAACUCAAGUAAUUCGGGAGACAUUAUGGCUGUUAUCUGGAGUCAAGAAGCAGUUCAUUUUUCAAACCCACGAUGGAAAAGUAACUGUUCGCAAUAAUGUAGUGGUAACUCACCUGACCAGUAAUUGCUUGCGGUCUAUACUGGAACACAUUGCUGUCUAUGGUCAAGCAGUGUCCAGACUGCAGAAGUUUAUAGAUGAGGUGACAGGAUACAGCACUGAUCCAGGACCCCCAGGAACUACCUCCAAAAAGGGAUCCGAGCCUCCAUUCAGAACGUACCAGGCCUUUGUGUGGGCUCUCAAUAAAUACUUUACCAUCUUCAAGGAGGAGCUCACUACCAUAGAGAAAGAAAUUGUAUGUAAUGAUGAAACAAUCACCCUCUCUGGUGUUUUGGAGCGCAUCAGCCCUCACUUGGUCCAGAUAAAAGUAUUGCAUAAAGUAUUCUGUACAGGUGUGGCAGAGGUGCCCCCUCACACCCCUAAUGUGGUCAGGGCGUCCCAUCUGCUCAACACAUUGUACAAAGCCAUUCUUGAGUAUGACAGCGUUGGGGAAGCAUCAGAACAAGCGGUAGCUCUGCUCUUCUCGCUAUGGACAGAGACUGUUCGACCAUAUUUGGAGAUAGUAGAUGAAUGGAUAGUGCAUGGACACCUGUUUGACCCAGCCAAAGAAUUCAUAAUUCAGAGGCACAAGGACGUACCAGUGAACCACAGGGAUUUCUGGUAUGCUACCUACACUUUAUACAGCGUCUCUGAGACCGUGGAGAGCGAGGAGAAGCAGAACGACUCAGCCAGUGGCAGCUCUGGAGGUGAACAGGGCCCUGGCAACAGGCACCUCACCAUGGUGUCCUUCCUCAAACCAGUUCUGAAGCAGAUCAUUAUGGCUGGGAAAUCCAUGCAGCUGCUAAAGAACCUGGACGGCAAGGACUGGGAGCAGUCAGAGAGGUCAUCCAGAGAUGCAGAGAGGAAAAGCUUAUACACUCUAUUUUUGGAGUCAGUGCAGUCUCGCCUCUGCAGCCAGGAGCAAACCCCCACGGACACAGUGAACGAGCAGCAGGCCACCAACAGAAGCCUGGUCAAAAUGCAGUCCAUUGUAGCUCAACAUCUGGAGAUAGACGAUGUUCAUGAUCCACUACUCGCCAUCAACUUUGCCAGGCUGUACCUGGAGCAGAGUGACUUUCAUGAGCGAUUCUCUGGAGGGGAUUUUAAUGUAGACCGUUCAUCUCAGUCUGUCACUUGUCAGACGUUUGAGCUGACGCUGCGCUCCUGUCUGUAUCCACACAUCCAGAGGAGGUAUAUUGAGUGCUGUGGGAAUCUCAUGAAGACCUUGAAGAAAGACUACAGACUGCUGGAGUACCUCCAGGCCAUGAGAAACUACUUCCUUCUGGAGGCAGGAGACACAAUGUAUGAUUUCUAUACUGCAAUAUUUGACAAAGUGCAGGAAAAGGAGAGCUGGCAGCAGCCCUCUUUCCUCAAUGUGCAACUGCAAGAAGCAGUAGGACAGCGCUACCCUGAGGACAGCAGCAGGCUGUCAGUAUUUUUGGAGCCUAUUGAUCCUGCCAGGAAGAAGCACCCUGUGAACAAUCUAGAAGUUCUUACAUUAAGCUACAAAGUGCCAUGGCCUGUUGACAUUGUGAUCAGCUCAGAGUGUCAGAAGAUCUAUAAUCAAGUAUUUCUGCUACUGCUGCAAAUCAAAUGGGCCAAGUACAGUUUAGACACACUCCGAUUUAGUGAUUUCACUGAAGUUGUUAAAAAGGUGGAGGGAGCCGUAUCUGAGGAGAUAAAGCCCAAAGAACCCGUAAAUCAGCAGAUCCAUCGAAUGUGUCUGCUCCGAGUCAAACUCAUGCACUUUGUCAACAGCCUCCACAACUACAUUAUGACCAGGAUUCUACACAGCACUGGGUUAGAGUUUCAACAUCAAGUUCAAGAAGCAAAAGACUUGGACCAGCUCAUUAAAAUCCAUUAUAAAUAUUUAGCAACAAUUCAUGACCGAUGUCUCCUCAGAGAGAAGGUCAGUUUUGUCAAAGAAGCUAUAAUGAAGGUCCUUAAUCUUGUUCUCAUCUUUUCUGACCGAUGGCAAGCUGGGUUUGGGGCCUGGAAGAUUGAGUCCAUAGACAAGAUGGAGUCUGACUUCAAAAACUGUCACAUGUUCUUGGUGACAAUCCUGAACAAAGCUGUGUGCCGUGGAUCUUUCCCUCAUUUGGAGUCCUUGGCCCUGUCUCUGAUGGCUGGAUUUGAGCAAUGCUGAUCACUGAGUGGAGUACAGUGUCCUGUUUCUCCUUGUGCAGCUGUGAUUGUCCAUGAUGUAACAUGAAGUCAUUGUUUGCAUAUGAAAAGCUCAUCUGGCAUUAAGUCACGGCCUUGUACAGCCGCACAGCUACAUAUGUGUCUGAACAGAUUGCAGGCUUCUAAGACACAGUGGCUACUGACGAGGUUGGUGGUUCAGUCAUUUUUCAAUGUGGCAUACUGCUGUUGAGCAAGACAGUUCAUUGUACUUGCCAUUUGCUUAGAAUUUCAGGUCUGACUAUGAGAGUAGCAGGCCACAUGUCAAACUAAGGUGUAAACAUGUAAAAUGUUAAAUAGAUGUAUAUAUUUUCCAUAAAGUCAUCCCAGCGCAUCAUCUGAUAACUUGGAUUUGGUUUUAGAUUGGAUGCAUUCCUGUAGUGCAUGUGGAGUACAAGUGGCUUAUGGCAUGAUUGUUUAUAAAUGUAAAUAUGAAGCAUAAUAAAUGUUGCACAAUGGUUUAUGUACA